AUGUGGCUCCGACCUCUUUCCACGAUCCUCCUUUCUUCCCUCUUCCUCUUCGCAUCAGUAUGUGCUGCAGAAAAAGUCGCCGUGGCUUUUGUCGAUGUCAAGUUUGACGACAAGGCUGCCAUUUGGUCUCUGAUGCUCGACCCGAGAUACGAUAAAGUGAUCGCUAUCACUGAAGGAAUCAAUGGACACGAAAAAGCGGCACAAGAGCUCCAAGAUUAUCUUGGCCGCCAAAAUAACAUCGCCAACGUCCGCGUCGACCUUGGAAAGCUCAGGAUGUUCAGUGGCUCGAAUGUGUUGGGCGAGUCUCCCGGACACGAGAGUUGGUGGAAUACGAUUAAUGGAAUAUCUGUAGCCCCUGCACAGGCAAAGGCUCUUCGAGGAGAACUGAAUGGAAAUCAAGUCAGGAUCUUCCAGCUUGCACCGACCACCAUGGCCGAUGUUCAAAUGGUCAUCAGCUCAGCCGAUCCUGGUUCGAUUGAGAGCUACAUGCUUCUGCAUGGUUACAACAGCAGGCAAGAGGAUAUGAGAAGGCAACAACUGUUCCUUCAAAACCUACGUUCAUGGGUGAUCCAGAAAAACCCUAGCGCUCAGGUGAUCUUUACUUCAUCGAUGGACAGCUAUGCCGCUAAGGACGGUGGCAAGCAGCCAUUGACAGCCAUCAAGCACAUCUUCCCUCAGUAUGACCUCGAGCAGGCUGUUAACGAUCACUUCUGGGCUCGACAGUUGAUAAAAGCCCAUGAAGCCGGACACAUCGAGAAAUUUCCGGUCGGAAAUGAGAGUAAUCUGGAAGAGAAGAUUCGCGAGGCAAGGAUGAGCCCAGAGCGAAACGAGCAGUUUCGCGCCUCUGUCAGAGACUAUAUUACGCAAGUGCUUGGCGAAUACGCGGAUAAGGACGUGGAAAGCAAAACGCUGCUCAAACGACUUAAGUACACGCUUCUCCCCGAGUUCACGGCAUCCACAACGCUUGAGCUUGCCGACGCAAAUCAUGUGGCUGCCUUUCACCGCUAUAUGGACAAUUUGCAGCGGCAUGGCAACGGCCAUGACUCUGGCUUUCACACUGUCCCAGUGUAUUACCCGGACGGAGAUCAUCCUGAGAAUGCCGCCGUUCCUUUUCAGCCUACGACCGGGGAGAAAUUCCACGGGGUCCUGCUCAAAGGGGCAAAUCGUGACCUCGAUCUCGGCUACAUCAAGCAACUCGCUAGUCUUACUCAUUGA